AUGAAGCUAAACAUUCUUUUCACAUUCUUGUUUUUGGGUGUCGUCCGUUCGGCUUCCCUAUUUAGUGCUCUUGAAGAGUGCUUUGCGGAGCCACCAACGACGAACUUCCCAAAUGUCAGGAGUGAGCUUGUGCAGUUUGCAGAAUACUGUUCUCUAGCCUACUGCAUGCCAGUUAACGCCUUGAAAGACGGAAACAUGACUACUGCAUGUUCAAUUUCCUCCUGUACCGACAAUACCGACAAUCAGCAGGUUAUAUACCAGUUUGACAGCGAUGUUUCUGGCCUCAUUGUUCAGGAUAACACCACCCAGAGAAUCGUCUUGAUCUUCAAGGGAACGACUACUCUUGAGGAGUGGGCAAUUGACUUUGCAACCACCCAUUCGAAGUACGUUCCUUACACUGUGAGCGAGGGUAUCAACACAGUUGAUUUCACGUGCAAGAACUGUAAGGUGCACACCGGCUUCUAUGACGCCACAAGUGUGUUCAUGAAAGAUGCUUUCAAGAAGAUGGUUGAGCUUCACGAGAAGUUCCCAGACUUUGAGAUUGAUGUCACUGGCCACUCCUUGGGAGCUUCAUUGGCCGUUCUUGCUGCCAAUGAGUUGAGAUUGGUUGGAAUGGAUGUCACGCUUAUCAACUUUGGUAGUCCAAAGGUCGGAGACCCAAACUUCGCUUCAUGGAUGGAUGACUGGUACGACACCACUUCUCUCACUAGCUUCUUGAAAUCUGGUAGCGGUGAUGAACUUCCAACAAACACAUACACCAGAGUUACGCAUUACGGUGAUAUUGUUCCCCUCGUUCCAUUCGCCGUGAUGGACUUUUCACAUUGUGGCUCUGAAGUCAGAAUCAGUGAGGAUGAGUCAACACUUCAAACUAGAGGAUGUUGGUCUCUUUGCCACGAGUUACAGGACUGGGAUAGUGUUUCUACCUCGGCUCUUGAGGCUAUUUCCGAUGGCAACUGGCUUGCUGCACUCGACACUGAGGAAAUCAUUGAUCAUCAUCUCGAUUACUUCAUAAAUGUUGGUCAGUGCAUGAUUUCUACGCUUUUGUCCGAUCUUGGAAUUAGCUCUUAG